AUGAAUAAUUCUUCAAGUGUAUUUAAAGUAGGCUCAUCAUCUUCAACGGGCCCUACAAAUACAGGUUCCUCAAGUUCCAUUCCUUCAGGCUCCCUUGUAGAUGAAGAGACCAUGAGAAAAAGAAUGAACCAAAACUCUAAUAUUCCAAUACAUGAUGUUUCUGGAUCUCAAACGAACCCUAUUUUCAAUAUACCUGAAAUUACGAAUCAAACGACGAAUCAAUACGUUCUGAAUUGGACAUCGGUCAGUCAACAGCAGUUUCAAUUACAGCAACAACCACAGCAACUACAGCAACAGCAGCAACAAGUACUCAUUCAGCAACAAGAUAUUUCUCAACCACAGACACAAAUUCAACAUGAGAGUGAUACGCAGAGGGCUCCUCAGGAAUACCAACAAGGAGCAAACACUCAAUCUAAUCAAGGAAGAAUAUUUUUUAAUCAAUCAGAAUAUCAAGUACCUCAAAGUAUGAAUUACUCUACAGGGUUAGAGACAUUUCAACAAUCUGCCUCUAAUCAAAGCAAAGUGGAAGAAUCAGUUCAACGUAAGCAAAAUGAUCAGACUCAAUAA